CCGAAGUUACGAUUUGAUAAAUGUACGGAGUACUUGGUAUUUAAUACCUAACUCUAUUUCAUUAACCAUUUCUCCUGGCUAAAGAUCUCCACGUUAGAAUCUCGGCGGGCUUAUAUAUGGCAAUGGUUAUUGAUCCAAUGCAAGGCGGCGAAACCUUCCUAUAGAUAUGCAAUUAUUACUCCGAGUGAGUACGGAGUAUUAGCAAAUGCACCAUAUCUCGUUACCUUAAUCUAACAAUGUCUCAACAAGCUAAUAUUGACCACGGCCAACCCUUGACGGUGCACACACUCGUCUAAAAUCAUACGAUUGAAAGGGCCGUUUUGCUAGCAAAUGUUAUACAAUUGUAUGACUUAUUCCCACAGAUUUUACUAAAUUAUAUUAACUUUACUAACUCGCAUGCCGAAUAGCGUUUUGAUCCCGUGAUGGCGGAUUAUCGCAGGCCGAUAUCGACCGGGAAGGAACUGUCCCAGCCUAUGACGUCUACGCCCAGGGUCCGGCUGAGCUGCGAAUUGUGUCGCCAACGGAAGGUAAAAUGUGACAAGCUUAACCCCUGCACAAAUUGCCAGCGUUUUGGCGCUACAUGUGUCCCUGUUGAACGGGCGCGACUGCCGCGAGGCCGGUCUGGAAGGGUAACAGGGAAGAAUGCUUCUGGACAGGACACGGGCUUGAAAGAGCGUGUGGAUAGACUUGAGGAGCUACUUCGAGAAUUGACUGAGCAUGAUGACGGCACAAUUGCCGCACAGAUCGGUUCUAGUUGCUCGGGUAGUUCAGAUCAAGCUCCUGUUAAUAAGCAAGUGAAUAAAUACGAGCCUGGAACGGAGAAUUCGCUUUGGGCGAACAUUCUAAAAGAGAUACAUGACAUACGUGGUACUAAGAGUUAUGGCUCAACCAGUGAGGGGCGUACUUCCAACAAUGAUGCUAUGAAAUUUAGGGAGCUUCUUGCAACACCAAGGGCACUUGGUUCGUCAGUGGCCACUAGAGAGCCAGCUCUCACUAUACAGGCCGAGAAAGCCCUAGUUCAAGUCUUUUUGGAGAAAGUUGAUCCGGCCUUCAAAAUACUACAUGCCCCCUCACUCAAAGCGUUUCUACUCGAUGGCAAUCCCUACCUCGACUAUGAGCCGGGACAUAUGGCUCCGGCCGCACUCUCUUCUGCAAUCUACUUUGCAGCAGCAUGUAGCAUUACGGAAGAUGAGAGUAAAAAGCUACUUGAUUGUAACAAAAGCUGGCUAGUGGCACGGUAUCAGCAAGAGUCAGAAUCAGCCUUAGCAAAAGCGGACUUCAUGACCAGUAACGACUUGACUAUCCUGCAAGCUUUUGUUCUGUUUUUGCUAGCUUCGCGGUCUCAAGACUCGAGUCGACGAGUCUGGACUAUGCUGAGCAUGGCCCUCCGUAUUGCCCAAGCGCUUUUACUUCACCUCCCCGAGCUACCGUUUCCAGUACGACCAUUUGAACGCGAGCUGCGUCGACGUUUAUGGACCUACAUUGGCUUUCUUGAUAUACAGUGCUCCUUAGAGCGCGCAUCGGAGCCCAUGAUGCAAGCAAAAUGGGUGGAGUCGAACCCACCCUCAAACGUCAAUGAUUGCGACAUAAGUUUCGGCAUGAAUGGCCCAAUCCAAGAAUCCGAAGGUUUCACAGACAUGACCUUCGCAUUGAUGACUCUGAAAGCGCAAAACACAGUUCGGCUGCUCAAUUUCUCAGACUUCAUCGACAAAACUGUGAGUUGCGUCAACAAACGUCAACAGCUCGUACUCGAAUUCCAAGAGACGGCUUCAAAGCUACUCCAGAACUCCCAACCCGACAAAAUCCCAUUCCAUUGGUACACGAGACAAGUAGCCGAGAUCAUAAGCGCCUCCUUACAACUAAUCGUCCUCCGACCCUUACAACGAAACGCGAACUUCAUCCCUCCCCGCGUCCGCGGAGACCGUCUUCUUCAAAUAGCCGUCGACGUCCUGAAGAAGUCAAAAACCAUCCGCAGCGACCCAAGAGGCCAGUCAUGGCGAUGGUGCGAAUUCAUGUUCGUCCCGUGGCAUUCACUGGCCGUAGCCAUUGCCGAACUGUGCGUCUGCGAGGAUCACUCCCUAAUGGAAAGUUUCUGGGGCCCUGUCCGAGAAGCGUACGAGAACCUGGCUGACCUGAUCGCCGACUCGCGUAGAGGGAUGGUCUGGAAACCAAUGGAGAAAAUCAUGGCGCAGGCAGAAGCAAAACGAAACGAACUAUUGGCGGCAUCGAAUGUCGUCUCAUACCCGACGCAUUUUCCUGGAACCGCUGCUCCCUUACAAGUGCCGGUUUGCGCUCAGAUGAGUACGCAGCCCUCCGUGGCAUUGUCGGGGGAUAUUAUUCCAGGUACGGGCACUUAUACUGAGGCUGCCCCUAUUGUGACACUCCCAGAGACCGUUGGGCUUGGUCCUUGGCCGAGUGUCUGGGAUGCGGUUGAUUUUGGGUGCCCGGUAGCUACGAACGAGAUGUCUUGGCUGAACUAUGAAAACUUUAUUGAGGACGUGUAUGGAACUAUGGACUAUACCCUGCUAUCCCAUUAAUCAGCAACGGCUUGGUUGUCUGACCUGAGCUGUGAAGCCGGUUACUCAAUGACAUUACGGGAGGAUAGAUAUACUCGAAUUCAUGUAUUCAAUUAUAAAAGUCUAGAAACGCCCGUCAGACUAAGCCAUGGGUUAUACAAGCAUCCCUAGGAGUCAACACAACCGAACAAACCCGCCAUAUAGCAGACAGGGGCUCAAAUUUCCCACUCAGCUACGUACCCACUCCAUAUAGUACACAGAUCAACAAUGGAAGGUAGAGCAAAUGCAGCAUUACCGAGGGUAAAAGAAACCAUUUAUGAAAGAAGAUAAUGUGUCAUAAUAAUCGAACAAAAAGGGGAUAGCAGCCAUUCACCAUUUCUACCUCAUAACCCAGACGCCAUGUAGAGUCAAGUUACAUUAGCCCUUC